GCCCGUGAACGGGGAUGCGCGCUCCCGAUAAUAAACCUCUGACGCUUUCAUCCGGGUACUACAACGAACUCGCUCUCCAACAUGGCGGCGUCAGCUAAAAAGAAGAAUAAGAAGGGGAAGACCCUCACUCUGACUGACUUCCUGGCAGAGGACAGUGGAGGCAGCAACAUACCCCCCAGCUACCCAGCCAAGUCCACAAGCUGGGCCGAUGAGACCGAUGAUUUGGAUGGAGAUGUCUCAACAUCGUGGCACACCGAGGAGGAUACGUACAGGGCACCACCCAUUGACCGCUCCAUCCUGCCUACAGCUCCCCGCUCAGCCCGUGAGCCCAACAUCGACAGGUCCAAACUCCCCCGCAGCCCGCCAUACACGGCCUUCCUGGGCAACCUGCCCUACGAUGUUACCGAGGACUCGAUAAAAGACUUCUUCCGUGGCUUGGCAAUCAGUGCAGUGCGUUUGCCUCGUGAGCCCAAUAACCCAGAAAGACUGAAGGGCUUUGGCUAUGCUGAAUUUGAUGAUGUGGAGUCCCUCCUGCGGGCGCUUAGCCUCAGUGAAGAGAAUCUGGGGAACCGAAGGAUCCGUGUUGAUAUUGCAGACCAGUCUAAUGAUAAAGAAAGAGACAGUGGCUGUAUGGGUGGCAGGGACAGGGGUGGUAGGAUGGCAGACAUGGGUCCUGACAAGACAGACAGUGACUGGAGAGCCCGGCCCAGUGCAGACGCUGAUGAUGGGCCUCCGAGGAGGGAUGAUGCCUUUGGAGAAAGAUCACGGGACCGUUACGAGUCAGAUCGUUACAGAGACGGGCCACGGCGUGACAACGAUCGUUACGACGGAGGAAGAGACCGCUACCGUGAGCGCUAUGACGACAGGGAUCGUAGGGAUCGCUAUGACGACAGGGAUCGCAGAGACUAUGAUAGAGGAGGCUUUGACUCCCGUGGUGGUGGUGGUGGAGGUCGUCGUGCCUUUGGUAGUGGCUUCCGGCGAGAUUACGAUGAUAAUCGAGGUAGCAGUGAUCGUUACAGCGACCGCGAUCGUUACGGUGACCGGGAUGACCGGUAUGAUAAACGAGAUGAAAGGCGUGAGGAGAGAGCUCCUCAGCAACGGCCCAAGUUAAACCUGAAGCCCCGCAGCGUACCAAAGGAAGAGGAAGGUACCAGUGGCAGUGGCGGUACUUCCCCAGCGGCUGCUCCGAGCUCCACCAGCAGGGCCUCGUCCAUCUUUGGUGGAGCUAAACCCGUUGACACUGCAGCCAAGGAGAGGGAAGUUGAGGAGAGGCUGAAGAAGGAGGAAGAGAGACUGCAAAGGCAGCUGGAGGAGGACAAAGGCAGAGGACCUGAAAGGAAGAUGAGAGACAGGGAUCCAAGCUGGCGUAAUGAAGAAACUCAUACUGAGCGAUCCCGUACAGGAAGUGAGUCUUCCCAGCAAGGAAGCACCUCUGGAAAAGGUUCAAAGUGUCGAGAAAGCGAGCGCUCUGGGGAGAAUGAGGUUUUCUCUGGAAGAGAAGGAAACACUUCCCCUGGGCCCUCACCACGGCCCCCCUCCACCAGCUCCUCCAAAGAGCCGCUCAAAGUGAUGCCCGCUCCUCCUCCUAAGGAGAACGCAUGGGCUAAAAGAAGUGCAGUGCAUACAGGCUCUAGCGAGGGCGAAGGACGGCCUCCAAUCUCUCCCGUCUCCCCAAGUGGUUCAACUCCUCCCAAGUUCAGUUCCUCAAGUUCUGCAGAUGAAAGAGGAUCUGGAAAGGAUGAGAACAAGGCUGAUGGUGUGCGUCGGGACCGGGGACCCCCACGAGCACGAGGGGGGCCUGCAGGCCCUGGAGUUGGGCGGGGCCGAGGAGAGGUGCCCAACAAAGACCGAAGAAAGGAGGCAGACAGAAAGGACAUCAAAAGAGACCGAGACUCCAAACCACCUCCAGAGCCAAAGAAAUAUGAAGAAACCCCAACCCCUAACUUCAGCUCAGCCAGCAAGUACGCGGCACUGCUAAUGGAUGGAGACCAAGGAGACAAUGCAGAGGAUGUUGAAUAGAGAAAUGAUUAAACAAGGCCUGAGAGAGCUCCCAAAUAUGAAAAAGGAGAAAAAAAAGUAAUUUCACAGCUUAUAAAAAAUAAAAAUUUCCUCACAUGGAAGUGGCUCCGGGGAGACGUCACUCCCUUCCCUCCUUUUCCUCUUGCAAACCUUUAUGUCCUUUACUUUCAAACCUCCUCCCCUACCCCACCUUCAAGACUUUUCAGGUUCUAAAGAAUAGUCUCAUACUGGACUUGUUUUAAAUGAAAAACAGAGGAAAAGCUGACACGUGGAAAAGUUAUGGAAAACAUUGAAUUAAUUGUAAUAAAUAAACAGAAAAAGUGGGGAAAAAUGAAUUUGUAUAUUUGUGGAUUGCAGGUGUGGUGAUGUGGAUCAGAAGAUGUAGCUUACUAGCUGGAUCCUUUUUUGAUGAUCACUAUUUAACUUGUGGAAUUCAUAGACGAACGCACAAGUUUCUUACAAGCCCUUUGUAUCCUCUAGUUGAUAAUUUGGUAUUAUAAAAAUCUCAGUAAAUGUAUUGAUAAACCCUGUCUUCCAGUACUAACUCUCAUGAAUGUUGAGACUACUAAUUCAAAAAACUUGACCAAACAUGUUUUCACCAUUUAGCAUAUUAGUGAACUCCGUAUGAUAAGAAGACUGUUGUUUAGACUGCAGUAUUGUGUUAAGACGGAUUGGAAAAGGAGCUGCCACAAGAUUCUCACUGACAACCCAUCAAGUGCCAUUACUGUUAUCCCCAUCACUGUACAGAUGUCCCACCAUUUCUCCACUUUCUGAUGAAACGAUCACAUGAAUCAAAGGCCCACAAUAGUAAUGUUUGAAUCAUUUAUUCUUCCUGCAUACCUCCACACUCGGAUUGGGAAAGUCUAGACUUUCCCAUAAUAGUUUGAGGAUUUCCAUGAAAUGACAUGAACUUGUCUUCCAGUUUGCAAUAAAUUGGGGUGAUUAUGUACAUUCAAAUAGUAUGUGGUCAUUGUUUAUGUAGGUGACAAUGCAGUGAUUCAGGCCAGCGAGUCUAAUUUCAAGCAGAUUUUGUGCUUAUUGCUUAACAGCUUUACAGACAGGCCGAGCAGUCCAGCAGCUGUAUGAAUCCAACUAUCAAGCUGCUGUUUGGAGCACAGUGAGCUGCAUCAUGAGAUUUUCAUUUGCACCAACAGUAUUUAAUUUUAUUCUGCCAACUGUUCUCCUGGUGUGGUCUGAGAGUCAUGAGGUUUCUUCUGUGUUUCUUCAGUCUCAGCCCCCUGCUGAGGACUAGACUCCUGGUGGCAGCUGGCGAUGAUCCUGUUGACAUUUACAUCCCCAAACAAACACACAGACUAUGCGUUCAAUCUGAAAUGGCAUUACUCUGUUGUGUUAAAGCUAGUCAUUCCUGUCAGUGGACACCAGAUUGACAGUAGUGGUGAUGUGGAUUUAGGAACCUUUAAUGCAUCUUGUAACAAUUAAACUUGACAUAUUAGAAAUGCGUUGAAGCUGGGGACCAGAACCGUCAACAAUUUCAGGAAAAUAUAAUUGGUUCAGAGGCAUU